AAUAAAGACAUUUCCUUUGAAGGAAAAUUAUCCACAUGGAGAGACAUCGUGGAUGUAUACGAAACGGACUGCAAUAAUAUGGAAACAAGAAUGCUGCAUAAGUUAAAUGACCAGCAUGUGAUACCUGAAAAAAUUAAAAAGAUGAAGGUCAAGAACUGUGUAAAAGUAUUUAGUUACACACUGUCUUCGGCUCUAUCUUACACAGCCAACUUCUCUCACUAUGCGGACGGCAGACCUGUGAGUGAAACAUUAAGAAACACUGCUGAAACAGUUUUGUUCUUUGAUAAAUUGUUUGAUAGCAUCAACGGAUCAGCAACCUAUUCACAAAAGAAAGGAAAAGAGCUACGCUGUGCAGUGACAGAAAAAUCUAAGCACCAUGAAUUUUGGCCGGAGAGCAUCGAGAAACUGGAAAAAAUUAAAUAUGUAGAUUCCAAGGGAAAUCCGAAAUCCGUGCCUUCCUUAAAAAACUUUAUUGCCACGGUAAAAACAUUCAUGAAGCUGUGGCAGUUUUUUAAGAGCAAAAAUAUGACAAUAAUGCGCCCAAGGUUCUUCAAUUCAGAUCCAAUUGAAAACUUCUUUGGCCAAGUCAGGGCCUAUAAUUAUAGGAACAACGACCCCAACUGCCACAGUUUCAAGAACACCUUUAAAUCAUUAUUGAUUACUAGAAUGAUAAAGUUUCAUGGUGACGCUAAUAAUUGUGAGGAUGACUCGGCAGACCAAAUAAUUAAUUUAAAAUCAUUAUUUGAAGAUAGUGAAACUGCUAGGGUCGAGCCGGGUCAUCCCAAAGUAGGAGAUGUAGAAGAUACUGUAGAAGAGGCCCAACGGGAGCAACUAAAUGUUCUCCAUUCGCGAGCGUACACUGCUGGAUGGGUGGUAACAAAAACAAUGCAGAAAUAUAAUAAUCAAUGUGACAGUUGCAGAAAAAGCCUUACUACUAAAGAAGGCGCAAUCCACAAAUGGAUUCAUCAAAGAGAGUAUGAUGCCGCCACGAAACGCCUUACUUACCCAUCCAGAGGUGCUGUUCGGUGUUUCGGUACAAUUAUUAAAGAAACAAACGGAUUCUUGGAACACCGAGCCCAUGAAUUAAAUCUGACGGCCAAAAUUAUGGAAAAAAUUUUGUUCAACAAUCCAUUUAGUUUCUUUAAAUGUACCACACACCGUGAAAUUUUGUCAUAUUUUAUUUCCGUGACAGUAAAGUUCUCGAUUACAAAUUGGUGCAAUAACAUUAAUAAAAUAUUAAAAGGAACGGAUAUUGUGCGGAUAAAAAACCGCACUUUGCCUGCGAUGCAGCAGAAAGCUUUUUUAAAAUAUAAGAAAAGACUGAGGAAUAAAUCGUUUAAUAAAUAAAAUUGUGUUUUAUUUAAAUUAUUGCGACAAGUGUAGUUCCCGGCAUUUAAAUUGAACACUGACUCAAU